CCCCGUUACAACUCUCACUCUGCUCUCAGCCGUUCAGCUGCAUCUCUUUUUCCUCUUUUUUUAAUUUUAUUUUUACCUUUCUUUGUGUAAAACACGUCCACUCUGCCAGUCUCGUUGUGCAUGUGGGCAUAGCCUGAGCCUGCAACCAAGUGGUCUACAGGACAACGUGGUUUAUCAUAAUUUUUUUUUAAAUUAUUAUUAUUAUUUUUAAUUAUUUACUUGUAGAAUUUCUUCCUUUUCUUUUGGAAGCACAUCCAUUAUUUCCUCUACAAUGGCUGAUGCAAAUGCAGAAUGCAAUAUCAAGGUGCUGUGUCGGUUUCGCCCGCUCAACCAGUCCGAAAUGAUCCGUGGAGAUAAGUUCAUCCCAGUAUUUCAAGGAGAAGACACCGUCAUCCUCUCGGGGAAGUCCUAUGUGUUUGACCAGGUGUUCCACGCUAACGCCACCCAGGAACAGAUCUAUGCCUGUGCCAAGCAGAUUGUUAAGGAUGUACUUGGUGGAUACAACGGGACAAUCUUUGCCUAUGGACAGACGUCCUCUGGGAAAACGCACACUAUGGAGGGAAACCUUCACGACCGACAGGGAAUGGGCAUCAUUCCUCGGAUCGCAGAGGACAUUUUUGAACAUAUAUUUGCUAUGGAUGAGAACUUGGAGUUCCACAUAAAGGUUUCUUAUUUUGAGAUUUAUAUGGAUAAAAUCCGGGACCUGCUGGACGUUACAAAAAUCAACCUGUCAGUGCACGAAGACAAAUACAGAGUGCCCUAUGUGAAGGGAUGCACUGAACGUUUUGUCACGAGUCCUGAAGAAGUGAUGGAUGUGAUAGACGAAGGCAAAGCCAACCGCCAUGUUGCUGUCACCAAUAUGAAUGAGCACAGCUCCCGCAGUCACAGCAUCUUCCUGAUAAACAUUAAGCAGGAAAAUGUGGAGACCGAGCAGAAGCUUUGUGGGAAACUCUACCUGGUCGACUUAGCAGGUAGCGAGAAGGUCAGUAAGACGGGUGCAGAGGGAGCCCUUCUGGAUGAGGCUAAGAACAUCAACAAAUCUCUGUCUGCUUUGGGCAAUGUCAUCUCCGCCUUGGCUGAAGGAACGAAAUCCCAUGUGCCAUACCGUGACAGCAAAAUGACUCGCAUCCUGCAGGAUUCUCUGGGAGGAAAUUGUCGCACCACCAUGUUCAUAUGUUGCUCACCGUCCAGCUACAACGAUACAGAGACUAAAUCCACAUUAAUGUUUGGCCAAAGAGCCAAGACCAUUAGAAAUACUGUAUCAGUGAACUUGGAGCUCACAGCUGAGCAGUGGAAGAAGAAAUAUGAAAAGGAAAAGCAGAAGAACAGGUCAAUGAAGGAAACUAUCCAGAGACUUGAGGCGGAGCUGAAUCGUUGGAAAAAUGGUGAGGAUUUUGUUGAAUUGGAGCAGCUGAUCCCAGAUUUGGUGGACAGCAGCCUUGUUACCCCAGAAAAUGAGGAACCCCUUGCUGACAUCUGCAGUCCUUGCACACCUUCCUCCAUUGCCUCCUCCAUUGUGGUGCACAUCUCCGAGGAGGAGCGCCAGAAAUAUGAGGAGGAGAUUCGCAAGCUGUACAAACAACUGGAUGAUAAGGAUGAUGAGAUCAACCACCAGAGCCAGAUGGUGGAGAAGCUGAAGAAACAGAUGCUCGAUCAGGAGGAGCUUCUGGCUUCAUCCAGGGGAGACAGUGACAAGGUUCAGUCAGAGCUGGGUAGGUUGCAGAAGGAAAAUGAAUGUGCUAAGGCUGAGGUGAAGGAGGUGCUCCAGGCCCUGGAAGAGCUGGCUGUCAACUAUGACCAGAAGAGUCUGGAGGUGGAGGGGAAGAGCAUCCAGAACAAACUGCUGGCUGAAGAACUUACAAAAAAAAUGACCUGCUUAAUGGCUUUAGAGGUGGAGCUGACUCGUAUCCAGGAAGUCAGCAGUCAGCAGAGGAAGCGCAUCGCUGAGAUUCUCAGCGGGCUGAUGAAGGACCUGAGUGAAUUCAGCGCCAUCGUUGGAAACAGAGACAUCAAGCUGCCCAUAGAGCUCACGGGUGCCAUCGAAGAGGAGUUCACUGUGGCUCGCCUCUACAUCAGUAAAAUCAAGUCUGAGGUGAAAUCCAUGGUGAAGCGCUGUCGUCACCUGGAGAACCUCCAGAUGGAGUGUCACCGAAAGAUGGAGGAGACGGGCAGAGAACUGUCAUCGUGUCAGCUCCUCAUUUCACAGCAUGAGGCAAAGAUACGCUCUUUGACAGACUACAUGCAGACUGUGGAGCUGAAAAAGAGACAACUGGAGGAUGGUUAUGAUGCUUUGAGUGAGGAGCUGGCCAAAUUCCAAGUUCAAGAGUCCGUUUCACAGGUGGCGAUGGGACAGAAGCACUCAGCUGUGCAGCAGUCUUAUGAUAUCAAGAAGGCGGUGGAGCAGCAGAUGGAGUCUCACCGUGAGUCGCACAGAAAGCAGCUCGGCCGCCUGCGAGACGAGAUCAAUGAGAAGCAGAAGAUCAUCGACGACUUAACAGAUUGUAACCAGAAGCAGCAGCUGGAGUUGGAGCAAUUACACGAUGACUUUGAAUGCCUCAGGAGCCGAGAACAUCACAAGAGCCGCCAGCUGGAGGAACUAAUAUUUCUCUAUGAGCGACACGAGCAGUCAAAGGAGGACCUCAAAGGGCUGGAAGAAACCGUUGUUCGUGAACUUCACACCCUCCACAACCUUCGCAAGCUUUUUGUUCAAGACCUUACGGCUGGAGUCAAAAAAAGCGCAGAGAUGAGUGAUGAUACUGGAGGGUUUAUCACCCAGAAACAGAAGAUUUCCUUUCUGGAGAACAACCUGGACCAGCUAACAAAAGUACACAAACAGCUGGUACGUGACAACGCUGAUCUUCGCUGUGAGCUUCCGAAGCUGGAGAAACGUCUCCGGUCUACAGCUGAGCGAGUUAAGGCGUUGGAGGAAGCGCUGAAAGAAGCCAAGGAGAGCGCCAUGAAGGACCGGCACCAUUACCAGCAGGAGGUGGAGCGCAUCAAAGACGUGAUGAGGGCACGCUACCCUUUCCGCAGGCCCCAUGCUGCCCAGAUAGCGAAACCUGUGCGUCCAGGCCACUACCCAGCUUGCUCUCCCACCAACCCAUUUUUCAUCCGAGGCUACAGCAAACACCCCGUUGCCUUCUGCAAUGCCAUUUUCAACAACAGCAACAAGACAGCUGCUGCUGCCACCGCCGCUGCUCCUGUGAAAAUGCAGAGUGAGACCAGGUUACCCGAGGCCACCUACAACCAAAACAACCCCACCAAGCACCUCGACUUGCAGAACAGUGACAUGUAUGACAGCGAUGGCCAGAACAAUGUGCUGCCAGCUGAAGCAAUGAACCAAGCAGACAACACUGCAGAGAUGCUGGAUUCAGAAAACGGAAACACCACAGAUAUCAAUGACAACAGCAUGUGUGUGAGUGUGAAUGUGAAUACUGUGUCCAGAACUUCCAUCUGCGACAAUCAAGAUCCAAACAAACUCUACAACCUGCAUCCGAAGGCCUCAGCGAGCUAAUAGCCCAGACAAGGUAAACGGUUUCUCAGAGGCCUCGUCUGUAAUCCUGCAUGCAGCCGACCACCGUCCUCACCUCACCACUCCUUCCUCUUUCCUCUUUCCUCCUCAUCGCUUUC